AUGAAUAUGGAUAAUAAAAUUUUUGGUUUGAUUAAAAUGCCCACAACAAUAAAAAUAAAACGUUCUGAUGGUCGUAUUCAUUUGGCUAAAGUUGUUCAAUUAAAUCUGGAAUCAAAAUCUGUUGGUGUUGAAUGGACAGAAAACAAUGAUGUAAAAGGCAAAGAAAUAUUGUUAGAUUUAGUUUAUGAAUUAAAUCCAGAAUUACGUUUAACUGAUGACGAAACAUUGUUAUCCCAACCAUCAGUCAUACAACAACAAACAACGGUUCGUCCAACAGCUGCUGUUCAACCACUAGAAGAUAUUACUCAUGAUCGAAUGACACGAAAAUUAGCUAAUAAUAAUAUUAGUAAAAUUACUUCUGACAAGAAUGAUGCACAAACUCGUUUAACAUUGGAUAUUGACACAUUUGAACGUGAAUAUUCUAUUCGACCACCUCCAACAUUACCACCUCAACUAUUACAAAUAAAAAAUAAUGCUCAGAGUUCAACGUCUGUGCCAACAACUUCUUCAAUUUUAAAUAAACCACAACCAUCAACAAUAGCUGUUCGAUCAAUUCGUCGUCCACAAAUGAAUUCAACUGUUUCACAAAUAAAACCGAUUUCUUCAGCCACAACAACAUCAUCGUCUCUCGCAUCAACGCCCACUAAUCCAGCUCCGCCAUCUCCAGCGCCAGAUCCUAUUGUACAACCAAUAAAUAGAACAAAUAACAAACAACCAAACGAAAGACGUCUAAGUCGAUUACAUGUUGUACAACCAGCGACAGUUAUUGAACAACAAACUAUGCAUAGUACAGUUGGUUACAAUGGACCACUUGGACAAAUGAUACUAGAUUAUCGUUCAACAUUAUCCUAUACGCCGAUUACAAGUUUGGAAUAUAUCGAAAAAGAUUUACGUAUAUGUGUUUGCGUUCGAAAACGACCAAUAAAUAAAAAAGAAAUUGCUCGAAAAGAUAAUGAUGUUAUAACAAUACCAAAUAAAGAUCAUUGUCUUGUACAUGUGCCAAAAACAAAAGUUGAUUUAACAAAACUUUUAGAUAAUCAAACAUUUAGAUUUGAUUUUGCUUUUGAUGAAAAAUCGACAAAUGAAUUAGUUUAUCGUUAUACAGCACAACCAUUAAUUGAAACUGUUUUCAAUGGUGGAAAUGCUACUGUGUUUGCGUACGGACAAACCGGAAGUGGUAAAACGUUUACAAUGGGUUGUGAUUUAUCGUGUAAAACAGCCGAUUUUAGUCAUGGUAUAUAUGCACAAACGACACGUGACAUAUUUCAACGAUAUGAAAAACGUUUUAAACAACAAAUUGAUAUUUAUUGUACUUUUUAUGAAAUUUAUUGUGGAAAAGUAUAUGAUUUAUUAAACAAUAAGAAACGUUUACGAGUUUUGGAAGAUCAAAAAGGACUCGUACAAAUAUGUGACCGUAAAGAACAACACGUUAAAAAUGUUCAAGAUGUAUUAACUAUUAUUCAACAUGGCAUGAAUAUUCGUACAAGUGGGCAAACAGCUGCAAAUAUCAAUUCAUCUCGUAGUCAUGCUGUACUACAAAUAAUAUUAAAAGCAUCACAACCGACAACAUCAAUAACAAAAAAUGGACAAUGUAAACGUUAUAUUAAAGAAAUUGGAAAAAUGUCAUUAAUUGAUUUAGCUGGUAGUGAACGAGGAAAAGAUACCGCUUCCGGUGAUAGAUUACAACGCAUGGAAGGAAGUGAAAUCAAUAAAUCAUUAUUAGCAUUAAAAGAAUGUAUUCGAGCGUUGGGAAGAGGAGAUGGUCAUCAUGUUCCAUUUCGUGGUUCAACACUAACAAAAGUAUUACGUGAUUCAUUUAUUGGUGAAAAAUCCAAAGUAUGCAUGAUUGCAAUGAUCAGUCCCUCGAAUUCUGAUGUUGAAAAUACUAUGAAUACAUUACGUUAUGCUGAUAGAGUGAAGGAACUACGAAUGGAUGAUAUUAAAACAAAAAAUGGUAACAACGAUGAACAAACCGAUGAGUUGAAUUCAGCCGAUGACAAAGAAAACGGUUUUGAUAAUGAUGAAGACAAUGACUAUGUGGAUACUGAAUUGGAUGAAGCAAUGCAAAGUUAUACGAACGCCAUUGAACAUUUACAAGAAUAUGAAGAAGAAGUGUUCGAUUGUUGUCAAGAUGUAUUAAAAUCUGAUGAUUUGAAUAAAAAUGAUUUACGAAAUAUUUAUGAACAAACAAUGCAUGGUGAUUAUGAUCAAGAAAAAUUUGUUCAACAACUCAAACAACAUGUUGAAAAACGUCAGCAACAAUUAAAUGACUUACAAGUUAAAAUAGAACAAUUUGAACAAUAUUUGACUCAAGAAGAAUGUUCUAGUCAACAUUUAAUUAACAAGAAAAUAAAAAACAAAAAUAGAGAGAUAACUUAG